AUGGCCCCUACCACCUCCGUUCCCGUCAAGGACCAGGUCCUCGUCCCCGAGACCCUCCUUAAGAAGCGCAAGUCCCAGGAGGCUGCCCGCGCUGAGCGCCGUGCUGACGCUGACAAGAAGAAGACUGCCAACAAGGAGAAGCGCGCUGUCAUUUUCAAGCGUGCUGAGUCCUACGUUGCUGAGUACCGUGACCGCCAGCGCCAGGAGAUCGCUGCCAAGCGCGCUGCCCGCGAGUCUGGCAACUUCUUCGUUGAGGAUGAGGCCAAGCUGGUCUUUGUUGUCCGUAUCAAGGGUAUCAACAAGAUCGCUCCCAAGCCCCGCAAGAUCCUCCAGCUGCUCCGUCUGCUCCAGAUCAACAGUGGUACCUUCGUCCGCCUGACCAAGGCUACCCAGGAGAUGCUGACCAUUGUCAACCCCUACAUUGCCUACGGUUACCCCAACCUGAAGUCCGUCCGUGAGCUCCUCUACAAGCGUGGUUACGGAAAGGUCGACAAGAUGCGUGUUCCCCUCACCGACAACCAGAUCAUCGAGGAGCACCUCGGCAAGUACGGCAUUGUCUGCAUGGAGGAUCUCAUCCACGAGAUCUACACCGUCGGCCCCAACUUCAAGCAGGCCAACAACUUCUUGUGGCCCUUCAAGCUUUCCAACCCCACUGGCGGAUUCCGUACCCGCAAGUUCAAGCACUACAUCCAGGGUGGUGACACCGGUAACCGUGAGGAGAACAUUAACGGUCUCAUCCGCCAGAUGAACUAG